AUGAAAAUUCAGGGACCAAUGAAUCAGGUGCUGCUCAUCCUCGUUACUGUAAUUAUUGAAAUCGCUUUCUGUUUGACAAGGGAAGAGCUUCUGGAGCAUUUGAAAAGUAAACAAGACACACAAAAUACACCAAUUUGGCCUCGAGUGCUCGAGAAGGUGAAGUCAGAGGCAGAGCUCUUCUUUGACGACGAUAAUUUUGCUUACCAGGUGGCUCCUCAUCGAGAUGCUGUAGCACUUAUCCGAAAACUGGACAAGGAACAGAAUUACAACACUGUGUUACGAUUCUUAGAAAAAUUCACGUAG